GGGGGAGGAGGAGGAGGAGGAUUUGCUCCAGCGAUGGCGGCUCCGCUGGAAGACGGCGAGGUGCUGGACUCCGAGUCGGAUUCCGAGAUGACCACGGGGGCCGAGUCACAGAAUCAGCAAGCUGCUAUCCCCAACUUCUCUGCUACACCCUUUAACGCACAAAACGAUACAGAGGCUCAUCCAUCUGCAUUUGAUUUAAGCAGUCGUUACCGAACCACAGCAUCUGACAACUCAAGUGAAGACAGUGAUCAUGAUUCUGAUGAAGAGGAAAGACUUUUGUGGCGAAGGAAACGUCAGAAGUGUUCGCACAGUGGAAACAAUCUACCUUUUAAAUCUCCAGUCAUACCUUUUGGUCCAGUUGGUGAUGGCUUUACGGGGACAGGAAAUUCUGUCAAAGCAGAAGGUCGCAAAGUUAACAAUAUUUGGGGCAGUGUGUUGCAGGAGCAAAAUCAAGAUGCUGUGGCAACGGAGCUGGGGAUUUUGGGAAUGGAAGGCAACAUUGACAUGAAUUCCCGGCAGUCUGAGACUUACAAUUAUGUACUGGCAAAGAAAAUGAUGGAAAAACAACGUCAGGAGGACGACGAUGAAAUGAAUAAAUUAGAAGCAGAAUUAGAUGAAUAUGUACAGGACGGAAAGAAAAGCAAAAGCCAGGAAGAGAGUAAUCAAAGCAACCUUAAGCGCAAAAGGCCAGUUAGAGAAAGGCUGGGGGAAAGGCUCGAAAUGAACUAUAAGGGAAAAUAUGAUAUUAAAGAAGAUGAUAGUCCAAAUAAGAUUUCAGAUGAAAUAGCUUACAGGCUCCGAGAACCAAAAACUGACCUGAUUCAUAGGGUUGUGAAAACUGUUGGAAGGAAGAAGGCAAUAGAACUGCUGAUUCAGACGGCUGAAGUAGAACAGAGCGGUGGACUCAUGAUUGUUGAUGGCAGUCGCAGAAGAACACCUGGUGGAGUUUACUUGCAAUUAUUGAAGAAUACGCCAAGCAUCACCCAAGACCAGCUAAAGGAAAUCUUUUAUGAUGAAAAUCAGAGAGAAUACAAUUGCAAAAAAGCAGCCAAAAAAAGGAGACGACACAUCAUUGGGAAGAAGAUGAAACAGGCUAUUAAGGAGCUGAACCUGCAAGUGGAUGAUGAUGCUUCACGAGAGACUUUUGCUAGUGACACAAAUGAUGCUUUGGCUUCUGUUGAGGAUACAGAAGAAGUUCACAUGGAGAAGCCAACAUUAGAUCCAGAAGAUGCAAUUGAACUUGAUAACAGUAAUGAUCUGGAAAUCUUUUGAAAAGUUUGCCUAAUUAAAACGCUGAAUACUAUGAAACAAAUGUAAUAAAUGCCCUUACAUUGAUCUCAUUGAUAUGUCUAGUUGAAAUACUUGUGCUAAAUUUAAAACAUCCCUCAGUUUCAUUUUAGACGAUUUUUUGAUCCUUUGUGGUGUUAGUUUGUUAACUUGCAAAUUCAAUCGAACAACGUAAACUGUCAUUUAACUUUGUUAUGCUCAUAUAACAGCGUUGUUAAGACUAUAGGGUAACGUUUUGCAUUCAUAACUGCAAAAGAAGCUUAAAGUUUUCCCUUCUAUAUGUAAAUGUUACUACUAGUUUGCAAAUCGUAACUUUCCACCAAUUGAGUAAACUUUUUUUUAAUUUAAAUGCAAA